AUGGAGUAUGUACCAGGAGAAAAAGAAGCUCUCAACACGUACAAACUCAGCAAAUUUAAAAUUGGUGAGAAUAAAAUUAUGGAGGAUAUUUCAGAAGGAAACAAGAAAAACGAAAUUAUUGCUAACGAGAAAGGUGGUAAUGAAAAUACAAAAAAAAAAAAUAAAAACACGACUUCUCUUUUUAAGAGAUUUAAAAUUUUUGGUAAAACAAAAAACGCACCAAAAGGUGAAGUGUCGGAUUUAAAAAAAAAUGAUGAAAAUAAUUCGAUAGAAGUUGUUAAUUUGUUAGAUUUAUCAAAAGAUGACGAAAAUAAAAGUAUCAACAUGAAUAGUAAUGAUUAUAGUAAUGAUAAUGAUAUAAAUAAUGAAAAUAAUAAUAAUAAUGAUCAUAAUAAUGAAAAUAAUAAUAAUAAUGAUCAUAAUAAUGAUCAUAAUAAUGAUCAUAAUAAUGAUAAUAAUAAUAAUAAUAAUAAUAAUGAUCAUAAUAAUAAUAGUGACAAUAGUAAUGAUAAUAAUAAUGUAAAUCAUAAACUUCUCAGCGAGUUUUUAAAAAAUAGUAAUAACACACACGUUAAUAACGAUGAUGAUAAUAUCGAAAAUAGUCGAAUGAAUAAAAUUAAGAAUUCUAUAAGUAUAGGAAAUGGUAGCAAAAUAAAUGAUAAAUCUGUUACUUCUAUUAACACAGAUGAAAGUACAACAAAAGUUCAGGCAGAAAGUAAUAUUAUAAGUUCCAAACGCACAACAAGAGAUAGUGCACUUAUAAAUUCAGAUAUGUUAGGUAAAAAUUUUGAAAAGGAUAUAAAUAAAAAAAGAGAAUCUGUUAAAAUUGACUCAGAUAAUAUGUCUAUCGACAUAGAAAAAUCUGUAAUUCCAAGAAUAAGUGAAAAAAGAGACUCAUUAUUAAAUCAUAUUGUAAAGAUGCCAUUAAAAUAUGCUUAUAAGAAUGGCUUAUCCCCACGAAAUAGUACUGCACGUAGUGAAGAUAAGGAUGAUAAAAAUAAUGAUAAUACAAAAGAUGAUAAUAUAAAAGAUGAUAAUAUAAAAGAUGAUAAUAUAAAAGAUGAUAAUAUAAAAGAUGAUAAUAUAAAAGAUGAUAAUAUAAAAGAUGAUAAUAUAAAAGAUGAUAAUACAAAAGAUGAUAAUAUAAAAGAUGAUAAUAUAAAAGAUGAUAAUACAAAAGAUGAUAAUAUAAAAGAUGAUAAUAUAAAAGAUGAUAACAUAAAAGAUGAUAAUACAAUUAAUGACAAUAAAAAUAAUGACAAUAAAAAUAAUGACAACAAUAAUAAUGAUAAUAUUCUUCCUAAUGUUACUGAGGAAGAAUCAAAUAAGAAACAUUCCUUAAACCUUAAUAACCAUGAAAGAAAAAAAAGCCUUCCUGUUGAACCAUUAAAUAAUAAUAAUGAAAAAAAACAAAAAGAUAAUAAUAGUAAAUUGGUCCUUAGUAAUGAUAUCCAUAAUAAUAACAAAGAUAUCAUUCAAAAUAAGGAUAAUGUUAAAAGAAAAAUUUCAAAUGUAAAUAAUAAUAUAAAUAAUAUUAAUAACACACUUAUUCAUAAGGUAGAUUCUAAUUAUAGCGAUAAAAAUUCCGAUGCACCAAAAAAAUAUGAUAAUGAAGAAAAACCUUCUAAUACAUUAUCAGAAAAUAAUUCCAAGGUGGAGAAAAAAAGCCUCAAUCCUUUAUUUAAAAGCAAAAUGAAAAUAGAAAAAAAAAACCCUCCUAUUCUUAUAAAAACGAAUAAUACAGAUAAUAAAAAUAAAAAUAUUGUUAUGAAAAAAAAUAAUUUAGUUGAACGGGCUAAUUUAAUAAAGAAAAAACAAACUGAUAUAAUAAACGAUGAAAUAUUCAAUGAUAAUCAUUUUAAAAAAAUAUGUAAUGAUGAAACGACACAAAUGCUAAAUGCUUUUGUUCCUUUUGAUUUGGAUCCUCCACCUUUGUAUGCUGAAAAUCCUGAAACAGUUAGCCCCUUAACGCCAAUAUCAGAAAUAAUCGACUUUAUAUACUCCAUAUUUAAUAAGAGCACAGAAGACACAAUAACACGUCUAAGAGAAUCAAAGGAUAACACGGCAGAGUGCCUCAAUACUUUAAAACUAACAAUAGAAGCUUUAGACGGAAACGAAAAGUCGGUGAUCUCACAACUGAAUAAGAACAUGGCUAUCGAGAAAGAAUGUUUGGGAGAAGUUGAUGAAGUUAUUAAAUCAAUAAAUGACGACUAA